GUGAGAUCGGCUAAUGAAGGCAGCAGCACAGCAGAUCAUGAAGGUCUUUGUCACCAGGAGGAUUCCCCCGGAAGGACACACACUGCUGUCCCAGGCUGCUCUAUGCAAGGUCCAGCAGUGGGACUCCGAUGAGCCUAUACCAAGAGCAGAACUGCUGAAAGGCAUCUCUGGAGCCCAUGGAUUAAUUUGCUUAUUGUCUGAUAAGAUUGACAAGGAAGUUCUGGACACAGCUGGUCCGAACCUCAAGGUUAUCAGCACGCUGUCUGUGGGCUUUGAUCAUUUAGCACUGGAUGAAAUAAAAAAGCGUGGAAUCAGAGUGGGAUACACACCAGAUGUUCUGACUGAUGCCACAGCAGAGCUCACCGUAGCAUUACUGCUAACAACCUGCCGCCGGCUGCCAGAGGCAAUACAGGAAGUUAAGAACGGAGGAUGGAAAACCUGGGCGCCAAUGUGGAUGUGCGGUUAUGGACUGUCGAACAGCACUGUUGGUGUAAUUGGCCUGGGAAGAAUAGGUUUGGCUAUUGCUCGCCGCCUUAAACCAUUUGGUGUGAAAAAGUUUUUAUAUACAGGACGUCAACCCAAGUCUGAAAGUGAUGAAGAACUUAAUGCAGAAUUCGUGUCCACUGAGAAACUUGCUGAGGAGUCUGACUUUGUCAUUGUGUCCUGCUCAUUAACACCUGAGACUGUGGGACUCUGCAAUAAAGAUUUUUUUCAAAAAAUGAAAAAGACAUCUAUUUUCAUUAACACAAGUCGAGGCUCUGUUGUAAACCAGGAGGAUCUUUACGAGGCCUUGGCCAAUGGACAGAUUGCUGCCGCCGGACUUGAUGUAACAACCCCAGAACCUCUUCCAACAGACCAUCCACUUCUCACACUAAAGAACUGUGUGAUCCUGCCUCACAUUGGAAGUGCCACAUAUGCUACUAGAAACGCCAUGUCCAUUCUUACUGUAAAUAACCUGCUAAAGGGUCUAGCUGGAGAGGAAAUGCCCAGUGAACUUAAGCUGUGAAGUACGGUUCAAGCUCUGCAUCUGUAUAUCAAGACACAUAACGAAGAAAUCAAGUAGAAUAUGUCACCCUCAACUGGUCCAUCUGCCGCUAUUAAACA